CCAGUUCUCCUCUCCGCGGCCGGCAAUGGCCAACGUCUCCAAGAAGGUGUCGUGGUCCGGCCGCGACCUGGACGACGAGGAGGCGACGCCGCUGCUGCGGAGGACGGCGCGGCCCGGGGCGCCGCCCAGCGAGGGGACGCCGCUGCUGAACGGCGCCGGGCCCGCGGCCGCUCGUCAGCUGCCCCGCUCGGCAUUUUUUCGGAUUGGACUGAUGAGCAAUGUGGAGCUGGACGACGAGCUCCUUGACCCGGGGAUGGAUCCCCCUCAGCCCUUCCCCAGGGAGAUCCCGCACAACGAGAAGCUGCUCUCCCUGAAGUAUGAGAGCCUGGACUAUGACAACAGUGAGAACCAGCUGUUCCUGGAGGAGGAGCGGCGCAUCAACCACACAGCCUUCCGGACAGUGGAGAUCAAGCGCUGGGUCAUCUGUGCUCUCAUUGGCAUCCUAACCGGCCUGGUGGCCUGCUUCAUCGACAUCGUAGUGGAGAACCUGGCCGGGCUCAAGUACAGGGUUGUCAAGGACAACAUCGACAGGUUGACGGAGAGAGGGGGCCUGUCCUUUUCCCUCCUGCUGUGGGCGACGCUCAACUCGGCCUUCGUGCUUGUGGGCUCAUUCAUUGUCGCUUUUGUCGAGCCGGUGGCAGCGGGCAGUGGUAUCCCCCAGAUCAAGUGCUUUCUCAAUGGGGUGAAGAUCCCCCACGUGGUGCGGCUCAAGACCCUGGUGAUCAAAGUGUCGGGGGUGAUCCUGUCUGUGGUGGGCGGCCUGGCUGUUGGAAAGGAAGGGCCCAUGAUCCACUCGGGUUCCGUGAUCGCCGCCGGCGUCUCCCAGGGCAGGUCCACUUCGCUGAAGCGUGACUUCAAGAUCUUCGAGUACUUCCGCAGAGACACGGAAAAGCGGGACUUUGUCUCUGCAGGAGCUGCGGCUGGCGUCUCUGCUGCAUUCGGGGCCCCCGUAGGUGGCGUCCUGUUCAGCUUGGAGGAAGGCGCCUCCUUCUGGAACCAGUUCCUGACCUGGAGGAUUUUCUUCGCCUCCAUGAUCUCCACCUUCACCCUGAACUUUGUGCUCAGCAUCUACCACGGGAACAUAUGGGACCUCUCCAGCCCGGGCCUCAUCAACUUCGGGAGGUUUGACACCGAGAAAAUGGUCUAUACCAUCCACGAGAUCCCCAUCUUCAUUGCCAUGGGCGUCGUUGGGGGUAUCCUCGGGGCUGUGUUCAACGCCUUGAACUACUGGCUGACAAUGUUUCGGAUCAGGUACAUUCACCGGCCCUGCCUGCAGGUGAUCGAAGCUGUGUUGGUGGCUGCUGUCACUGCCACCGUGGCCUUUGUGAUGAUCUACUCCUCCCGUGAUUGCCAGCCCCUGCAGGGGAACUCUGUGUCCCACCCACUCCAGCUCUUCUGUGCAGAUGGCGAGUACAGCUCAAUGGCUGCUGCCUUCUUCAACACCCCAGAGAAGAGUGUGGUCAGCCUCUUCCACGACCCUCCAGGCUCCUACAACCCCCUGACCCUUGGCCUCUUCACGCUGGUCUACUUCUUCCUGGCCUGCUGGACUUACGGGCUGACCGUGUCCGCUGGUGUCUUCAUCCCCUCCCUGCUCAUCGGGGCUGCCUGGGGUCGCCUCUUUGGCAUUUCCCUGUCCUACCUCACAGGCACCGCGAUCUGGGCAGACCCCGGCAAGUAUGCCCUGAUGGGCGCCGCCGCCCAGCUCGGUGGAAUCGUGCGGAUGACGCUCAGCCUGACGGUCAUCAUGAUGGAGGCCACCAGCAGUGUUACGUAUGGCUUCCCCAUCAUGCUGGUCCUCAUGACGGCCAAGAUCGUGGGCGACGUCUUCAUCGAGGGCCUGUAUGACAUGCACAUCCAGUUGCAGAGCGUGCCCUUCCUGCACUGGGAGGCCCCGGUCACCUCACACUCGCUCACAGCCAGGGAGGUGAUGAGCACGCCUGUCACCUGUCUGAGGAGGAAGGAGAAGGUCGGCAUCAUCGUGGACGUCCUCAGUGAUCCGGCAUCCAACCACAACGGCUUCCCUGUGGUGGAUGACGCGGACGACACCCAGCCCGCCAGGCUGCAGGGCCUGAUCCUGCGUUCCCAGCUCAUCGUCCUCCUGAAACAUAAGGUGUUCGUGGAGCGCUCCCACCUGGGCCUGGUGCAGCGCAGGCUGAGGCUGAAGGACUUCCGGGAUGCCUACCCCCGCUUCCCGCCCAUCCAGUCUAUCCACGUGUCCCAGGACGAGCGCGAGUGCACCAUGGACCUGUCGGAGUUCAUGAACCCUUCCCCCUAUACUGUGCCCCAGGUCUGGGGGCCCACUUUCCCGCUGCAGGAGGCGUCUCUACCAAGGGUGUUCAAGCUGUUCCGGGCCCUGGGCCUGAGGCAUCUGGUGGUAGUGGACAACCGCAAUCAGGUUGUGGGGCUGGUGACCAGGAAGGACCUCGCGAGGUACCGGUUGGGCAGAGGAGGCCUUGAGGAGCUCUCGCUGGCCCAGACAUGA